AUUACCACCACCAAGUCGUACAUCCAUCCACCCGCCGCAAGACUGGUUCUAGACGGUUUCUGAUCCAGCAGAUCAGUUGCUUUUGUGUUUUCGCAUGCGCAAUUUGUUGCUUCAUAGUCUUGUCUCCACUCAUGAGUUCCUUCCAAAUACUUCGUCAUCGCAAAACAGCCUUUGCUACCGUCUUGCGACCAUUUGUGGACGGACGCUUUGUGUCCCCGACGUCACGUGGCAGCGGGUGUCUGCGAUACAAGUCUUCUGCUACCAGCGACCAGCGUAGUCUCGAAUACUUGGACGAAAAAACAGUUGAAGUGGCUCGGAAAGUAUUUGUAACCCGGUCUCCCAGGACUUACAUCAACGUUCCACCACAUAUUAAGUUUCCUGCGAGGCCGGUUGUCGAGCCCAACGCAAUCAAAGUGUGCAUAGAUGGCACUCCGGGCUAUCCCUUGUCUCGCAUUCCACCCAUCCUCCUUCGUGACCAUUGUAAAUGUCCCGAAUGCGUACAUCCAGUUACGAAGCAACGUCUCCUUGACACCUUUGCACUACCCGCCAAUUUGAGCAUAGAGUCUUGUGUUGAUGAAGGCAAAUCAGUCCGAGUCAAUUUCAGUGACGGCCACGUAAGCGAGUAUAGCUAUAACGCUCUCACCAGAUUGAACUACAGGUCUCAUCGAACGCAUGACCGGGAAGGAGAAUAUCGUCCCACUUUAUGGGGCUCUUCCAUCGCGGAUUCCCCCCCUACCAUAUCAUACAAGGACGUGAUGCAGCGCCCUAAAGGAUUGAAGUCGUGGAUACAUUUACUACGGAGGUUUGGAUUCGCCUAUGUCGACGGAUGUCCGGUUACACCUGAGGCCACACAAGAGUUGCUUGAAAAAAUAGCCUUUAUCCGCAACACGCACUACGGUGGAUUUUGGGACUUCACGUCCGACCUGGCGUCAAAAGAUACUGCGUACACAGACAUCGCACUAGAUGCGCACACGGACAACACCUACUUCUCCGACCCUGCCGGUCUGCAGAUGUUCCAUUUGCUUUCUCAUACAGAAGGCGAGGGCGGAGAAUCAAUCCUCGUUGACGGUUUCAAAGCGGCUGAUCAACUGUACAACGAGGAUCGCACAGCGUUUGCUGUUCUCUGCACAGUCCCUGUCAACAGCCACGCCAGUGGCAACGAGGGUGUCAGGAUUCAGCCAUACAAGCCACUCCCUGUAUUCAUGCGCCAUGGCAGGCGGCUCGUUCAGGUUAGGUGGAACAACUCGGACAGGGCCGGUAUUGACUGCUCCUUUCAAGUCGCGGAGUUAUGGUACGAAGCAGCCAGGAAAUGGAAUGAUAUCUUGAAAAGACCCGAGAACGAGUAUCGGGCACAGUUAGUGCCAGGGCGCGCACUAAUCUUCGACAACUGGCGCGUACUCCAUGGUCGGACGGCGUUCACUGGAAAGAGACGGAUGUGUGGUGGUUACAUCAACCGCGAUGACUACAUGUCGCGCUACAGAUCAGAGUACAAAAUAGCCGAGGACCCAAUUUAAACAUCGGUGCGUGAAGGCAUCAGUUUGCUUCUGGGGCGCCAGAAGAUGGACAUGUCGAACCGGUACUUUGGGGGGCGGGCAAAUGCCGGAGGGGAUGGAUAGAUUAUCCGGUGCAAUUGUAGAACGGAUUGAGAAAAGAACAAUUGCACUACAAGUGAAACGAC